AUUUGGGGGACAAAUUUACCUCUCAUUUCUCUUUCCCUUCCUCUUUUUCUUCCUCUUCCUUUUAAAAAAGAGAGACUAAGUUACAUCUUCAUUCUUCUCUCUUGCUCGGCACUGCUGGAUUGGUUAUACAUUACAUGAAGAAAGUUUGUUGGCCUUACUUUGAUCCUGAUUUUGACAAUCUCUCAGAAAGGAUAUUUGGUCCAACUUGCCGAGUCUGCAUUGACAACGAAAGCAUGGAAGAUUGCACUGUAGUGAAGGUGGACAGCGUGAACAAGCAGGGCCUUCUCCUUGAAGUGGUGCAAGUCUUAACAGAAAUGAAUCUCACAAUUUCUAAAAGCUACAUUUCCUCCGACGCUGGAUGGUUCAUGGAUGUAUUUCAUGUUAAAGAUGAGUAUGGCAACAAACUUACCAACCAAAAUGUCAUUAACUAUAUCCAGAAGGCCAUAGGUUCGACGAAGGAGAGUCCAAAUUUGGCCAAGGUAAAGGCCUAUGCCGACUAUCUCUUCGAUUCCGACUCGGAGCAGUACCCCAGCGAGCACACCGCCAUCGAGAUGACCGGUACGGAUCGCCCUGGCCUCUUCUCUGAGAUCUCCGCCGCGCUUUCUGAUCUCCAUUGCAACAUAGUGGAGGCGCAUGCCUGGAGCCAUAACGACCGCCUAGCUUGCGUCGCCUACAUCUCUGAUCAGUCCACCGAUAAUCCAAUCGACGAUCCUCACCGCCUUGCUGCUAUCGAGGGCCACCUAAAUACCGUGCUGCGCGCCACCGCAGGUGGGACCACCGCCUGCACCCAACAGGAAGCGAAAACCGCCUUCGGGAUUCUCGGGGCUGAGGGGACGAUGACUGACGUGGAACGGAGGCUGCAUCAGCUGAUGCUUUCGGUUGGGGAUUUUGAUGGGCCGUGUGAACCCAUGAGCACGUCGACGGUGGGUACUCCUGGGUCGGAAAGCGACGAAGAGGGGAGGAAAACCGUGGUGGUGAUUGAGAAUUGCGACGAGAAGGGGUACUCGAUUGUUAGCAUAGAGUGUAAGGAUCGGCCUCGGCUCAUGUUUGAUACAGUUUGCACGCUUACAGAUAUGCAGUAUGUGAUUUUCCAUGCUUCAAUUAGUUCUCGUGAUGGCUACGCAUUUCAGGAAUACUUUAUCCGGCAUGUGGAUGGAUAUACUUUGAGUACAGAAAGUGAGAAAGAACGUGUUAUAAAAUGCUUAGAGGCAGCUAUAGAGCGCCGGGUUUGUGAGGGAGUUAAGCUAGAGCUAUGCGCAGACAAUAGAGUUGGGUUACUAUCGGAUAUAACCCGAGUUCUGAGGGAGAAUGGGCUUACAGUGGUUCGAGCAGACAUAGCAACUCAUGGAGAGAAGUCUGUGAAUGCAUUCUACGUAAGGGACAUUUCAGGCAAUGACGCAGACAUAGACAUGGAUUUUGUGGAAUCAGUGAAGAAAGAGAUGGGUCCGGUAGACUUGGAGGUCAAGAAUAACACCACCAGGCCAAGCACAGAUGAUAGAACGUCCCAAUCAUUCUCUCUUGGAGGCAUUCUCAAGUCCCACGUUGAACGCUUCUCCCAUAACUUCAUCUCUAUCAAGUGAUAUACACAUCAUAUUGUAUAUAUGUCAUGUAAAUAGUAUUAGAGAAUGUACUUAAGAUGAAUUAUUUCCCUAGGAAUGUAAGGAAAGAAGGAGAUGGGAGAUGAAGCCGUUUUCUAUCAAUGGAACGGUUUGUUUUGUAUAAAAAAUAAACACAAUUUGUAUUUUGAAUCUUUGAAUUCUAAGGUUUGUAAAUAAAGAGAUUCAACGUCC